AUGGUGGUCUUCGAGGGUGUUUUGGUGCAGUGGGGGUGGAGGGGGUGGAGGGGGUGGAGCGGGUGGAGCGGCUGCAGCGACUGGGACCAGAACAACCCCUCAGACUGCACCGGGACCAGAACGAUACCUCAGACUGCACCGGGACCAGAACGAACCCUCAGACUGCACCGGGACCAGAAUGAACCCUCAGACUGCACCGGGACCAGAACGAACCCUCAGACUGCACCGGGACCAGAACGACCCCUCAGACUGCACCGGGACCAGAACGAACCCUCAGACUGCACCGGGACCAGAACGAACCCUCAGACUGCACCGGGACCACAACGACCCCUCAGACUGCACCGGGACCAGAACGAACCCUCAGACUGCACCGGGACCAGAACGAACCCUCAGACUGCACCGGGACCACAACGAACCCUCAGACUGCACCGGGACAAGAACGAACCCUCAGACUGCACCGGGACCAGAACGAUACCUCAGACUGCACCGGGACCAGAACGAACCCUCAGACUGCACCGGGACAAGAACGACCCCUCAGACUGCACCGGGACCAGAAUGAACCCUCAGACUGCACCGGGACCAGAACGAACCCUCAGACUGCACCGGGACCAGAACGAACCCUCAGACUGCACCGGGACCAGAACGAACCCUCAGACUGCACCGGGACCAGAACGAACCCUCAGACUGCACCGGGACCAGAACGAACCCUCAGACUGCACCGGGACAAGAACGAACCCUCAGACUGCACCGGGACCAGAACGAACCCUCAGACUGCACCGGGACCAGAACGAUACCUCAGACUGCACCGGGACCAGAACGACCCCUCAGACUGCACCGGGACCAGAACGAUACCUCAGACUGACGGGACAAGAACGACCCCUCAGACUGCACCGGGACCAGAACGAACCCUCAGACUGCACCGGGACAAGAACGACCCCUCAGACUGCACCGGGACCAGAAUGA